AGAAAGCAGUUGUACACACAGGAAAACGCUGAGUGAGAGAACAGACGACUGGAGCGCACCAUGGCAACAAGUUCAGCUGAAACCUUGAGCUAUCAGCCUUUUAAAUGUUUAGAUAUUAGAUACACAACUCUGCUGUUGAUGGCUUGUUGUGCAUCAGGAGCAAUUGGAAAACAAAUUGUCCAAGAGGAUCAUUUAGGCAAGCAUAACCAUGAACAUAAUGCAAAUAUGUUCCUUGGCUCAGAGGACAAAGAUGAAAUACAGAAACUCAGCCCAUCUGAGCAGCGAAAGCGACUGGUGGAGAUCGUGAAGAAGAUUGACACCAACCCUGAUAAAUACCUGACUCCAGAGGAAAUCACAUUAUGGAUACAGAGGGUGUACAGGACAUAUGCGUUGGAUGAUGCUGAGGAACGCUUCCCUGAGUUUGACUCCAACAGUGAUGGUCUGGUAUCUUGGGACGAAUACAAUCUGGUCUUGCAUGGUCAUACUGUGGAAGUUGAUGUAGAUGGUGUCCUUGAAGACCCAGAAGAGGAGUCUCUCAGAUUUCUCCAUGCAAAGGAAAAAAGACGUUUUGACUUUGCUGAUAUGGAUGGCUCGGGUGCCUUGAACUUAACGGAGUUCCUUGCGUUUACUCAUCCGUCUGAAGUGGACCACAUGGCUGAUUUUGCUAUUGAAGAUGUGCUUUCUGAAUAUGACUUGGAUAAAGACGGAUUCAUCAGCUUGAGCGAAUUCAUUGGAGAUCUCAGAGCAAAUGAGCAGGAUGAGCCCUCGCAGUGGGAGGUUGAGGAAACGGUGCGCUUUAAAGAUCUCUAUGACCAGGAUAAGGAUGGAAAACUCAACAGGGAUGAACAGCUCCGCUGGGUCGCUCCAAACAGCUAUGGCUCGGCACGAGAAGAAGCCAUUCAUCUGAUCAAGGAAAUGGACCAAGAUGGUGAUGGAAGACUCUCGGAAGCGGAGAUUUUAAAAAACCAAGACACUUUCAUGAACAGUGAAGUGACUGAUUACGGCAGACAGCUUCAAAUGCCCCGUGAUGAACUGUAAUAGUUAGAACCUUUUAAGAAAUAGCUCUUAUGGUGCCACCAAGAAAGACUACUUGAGUUUUUACAAGUUUUUAUUUUUUAUUAGAUAACAUGUUACUGAUACACUAGUUACACAGCCCUGCGUCUUGAUUUGCAAAAAUGAUGUGAUGAACUCAUUAUGAUGCCAAGUUCAAAAAUAUCAAUAAAAACUUUCCACCAUUUUCACAGAA